AUGGUGCACCCGCCGAUAAAAGUCCCGUCCCCCCCAACCGCCGGAAAAGCAUGGGGCCACCAGCGCCAGCCCAACAUCCCUCAUACACAGCACACCCUCCGGCUGCCAUGCAACGCCAACCAAACCAGCAACGAUGCAACAACCAACCACCCCAGUCCCCCAGCCCGGCCGGAGCCCCCCCCCCCCAGAGUGCAGGCAGAGCCAGCAGCCCCUGAGCUCCGUAGACCCGAGGCCUGUCCCGGUCCCGGAUGGGGGCCCAGCCCCCCCCAGUCAACCAUCCGCAAAGGAAGAGGUCCAAAACCCACCCCGACAACACCGGCCAUGUGCCCCAGGGAUUCCCAAAUGCCCCACUGUGAGAGCAAGUGUCAACCCCACCCAGCCCCAGGAAGGGUCCAAGGGGGGCCCCACACCUGA